GCUCUCUUUCUCUCUCUAAAUUCAAAUUUACGCUCCUUGCAGACUAUAAAUUUAUUGCUCUCGCAUUUUCAAUUUCCACUACUUUGUUUGGAUCUCUCGCUCUCUUUGCUCGCCGCAUUUCUCCCUUCUUCUCAAUCGGUUGUUUUAAUAUGGAAUUUCCCACAUUGUCUGUCAAAAUGUGGCCCAUAAGCCAAGGUACAAGACUGAAACUUGUUGAGCGAAUGGCAAAGAAUCUUGUGACUCCCUCCAUUUGGUCUAGAAAGUAUGGUCUUCUGAGUCAAGAAGAAGCUGAAGAGGAUGCCAAGCGAAUAGAGACUGCAGCUUUUGCUACAGCAAACCAACAUUUCACGCAGGAACCGGAUGGAGAUGGAAGUUCAGCAGUGCAGCUGUAUGCCAAGGAAUCCAGUCGCCUCAUGAUUGAUGUUAUUAAACGUGGACCGGUUGCGAAAGCAGAUGCGGAGCUUGGUAUAUUGGCCAAAAUAAAAGAAUGUGAUGGGACUACUUUUGAUAUAUCAGGAGAUCCAAGAAAAGUAAUUGAUGGAGAGGAAGCUGAGAUACUGUUGAAACUCUUGACGGAGCCUGGAAGAAGAUAUACUAAGAUAUGUUUUAGUAACACAAGUUUUGGACGGGAGGCAGCACUAAUUGCUCAACCAAUAUUAUCAUCCAUGAAGGAUCAUUUAAUUGAAGUAGACCUAUCAGAUAUUGUUGCUGGAAGGCCUGAGGAGGAAGCUCUUGAAGUCAUGGAAAUGUUUUCAUCAGCGCUUGAAGGUUCUAAACUUCGCUCUCUUAACUUGUCCUACAAUGCGUUGGGUGAGAAGGGUAUCAGGGCUUUUGGUGCACUUUUAAAGUCCCAGCAUGAUCUGGAGGAGCUUUAUCUGAUUAAUGAUGGCAUCUCAGAGGAGGCUGCAAUGGCAGUUCAUGAGUUACUUCCUUCCACUGAUAAACUAAAGGUCCUUCAUUUUCAUAACAACAUGACUGGAGAUGAAGGGGCUAUAGCUAUAGCUAAGAUAGUGAGUAAAUCCCCCCUUCUGGAGGAUUUUCGAUGUUCAUCUACUAGGGUUGAAUCUGAGGGAGGUAUAGCCCUAUCUACAGCACUUGGUUCAUGUACUCACUUAAAGAAGCUUGAUCUGCGAGACAAUAUGUUUGGUGUUGAUGCUGGGUUGGCUUUAAGCAAGGUGUUAUCUGAAUUUUCAAAUUUAUCCGAAAUUUACCUCAGUUAUCUGAAUUUGGAGGAUGAGGGUUCUAUUGCUAUUUGGGAUGCUCUGAAGGAGUCUGCACCAUCUCUAGAAGUCUUGGAUAUGGCAGGAAAUGAGAUCACUGCUAGAGCUGCUCCAGUUCUUGCUUCCUUUAUAGCUUCCAAACAGUUUCUUACCAAACUAAACUUGGCUGAGAAUGAAUUGAAGGAUGAGGGUGCUAUCUUGAUUGCCAAGGCGCUGGAGGAGGGUCAUGGUCAAUUAUGUGAAGUAGAUAUGAAUACCAAUAUGAUAAGAAGGGCUGGUGCCAGGUGUUUGGCCCUGGCUGUUGUAAGUAAGCCCAGCCUUAAGUUGCUAAACAUCAACGGCAAUUACAUAUCUGAUGAAGGGGUUGAUGAGGUGAAAGAUACAUUCAAGAAUUGCCCCACAGUUUUGGGUCCUUUGGAUGAGAAUGAUCCAGAUGGAGAGGAUUAUGAUAAAGAGGAAGAACAAGAUGGUGAUAUUGAACACGAUCUGGAAUCCAAACUUAAGGGCCUCGAAAUCAAACAUGAAGACUGAGACGCGUGCAGCAGUGAUCAGCUUAGUAUUGCUUCUACAUGUGUCUUAUAGGCUGUUAGUGUUCUUUGUAUGAUUAUUGGUUAACAUAUCAUUUGUGUCGGUUAGAAAACGAAUGUCACCCCUUUCCUGACAAAAACUAUCUCUUUAUGUUUCCUAAAAUUUUGCAUCUAGUCUACAGAUGCUGUUUCUAAUUUUCCUAGAGUCUGGCAAAGUUUGAUCAUUCUAUUGCUUUCUGCAGAAUGGACCGGUGUUUGUUACAACCAAGAUUGUAACCUUGAAUUGCCAAGUUAUAUCAAGUGCUACUAGUUUUGUUUUA